AUGGUGCAGCCUUCCCAAGGGGGCGAGGAUGAGAAACCGCCCCUCUAUGUGGUCACCCAGCCUAUUCGUGCUGAAAAGUGGAAAGACCGGAGGGUGAUGCGAAAGGCCAAGAAGCUUGCUGCCAAGGAGGCUGAGAAGGCACGGCGGAGGGAGCAGGGGCUGGAAAGCUCUGAAGAUGACGAGGUCAUCAUGGACGACGGCAAGGAUUUCAAGCCAGAACCUGUGGCUGAAGAGCCUGCAGAGCUCCCCAAGGGAAAGAAGAGGAAAAAGAAGAAGAAGGGGAAGGGAGACGAGGCGGAGGAGGAGGCCGAAGUCAAGGCAGCAGCCGAGACAGAAGCCCAGGAGCCUCCAGCCAAGAAAAGAAAAAAGAAAAAGAAGAAGCCCAAGAAGGAGGAGGCUGGAGAUGAGCCAGCGGAGGAGGAGGAAGAUGAUGAUGCUGAGGAAGACAAGGAAGGCAAAGACGGCGAAGAGGAGGAGGAGAACGACGAGAAGGAAGAAGGGCCACCAACCGAAGAAGUGCAGAAUGCGAUUCAUAGUUCUGGAUUUUUCAGCAACACCCGCUUUGACUCCUUGGAGAUCUGUGAGCCUCUAAAAAAGGCUCUCAAUGAGCACAACUUUGAGCGGAUGACUGAGAUCCAGGCAAAGUCGAUUCCCCAUCUCUUGAAGGGUAAAGACGUGCUGGCAGCGGCAAAAACAGGCAGUGGCAAGACGCUGGCAUUCCUGGUGCCUGCCUGUGACCUACUGUACAACGUCAAGUUCCUGCCAAGGAAUGGGGCGGGCGCAAUUGCAAUCUCACCCACGCGCGAACUUGCAAACCAGAUUUACGAUGUCCUCAGGAACAUCUCGAAGUAUAUGUCUCAGUCGAUUGCAGUUGUCAUUGGCGGCAUGAAUCGCAAGCCCGAGGCUGAAAAGCUUGCCAAGGGCGUCAACAUUCUCAUAGCCACGCCAGGUCGUUUGCUGGAUCACAUGCAAAACACCAAAGGUUUCGUGUUUCAUAAUCUAGUGAACUUGAUCAUUGACGAGGCAGAUCGCAUUUUGGAAGUGGGCUUUGAGGAGGAGAUGAACCUCAUCAUUAAGAUGUUGCCCAAGAAGAGACAGACAUCCUUGUUCUCGGCGACGCAGACAAGGAAAGUUGCCGACCUGGCUAGGCUCUCCCUAAGCAAGCCGGUCUUCGUGGAAGUGAAGACACAGGACAACGUUUCCACGGUCGCGGGGCUGACGCAAGGCUAUGUGGUCUGCCCAGCCCAGACGCGCUUUCUACUCCUCUUCACCUUCCUCAAGAGAAACAAGGACAAGAAGGUCAUGGUCUUCAUGUCUGCGUGCAACUCUGUGAAGUUUCAUGAUGAGCUGCUGAACUACAUUGACCUUCCAGUAAACUGCAUACAUGGUCACAAGAAGCAGUCGGCAAGGAGCUCAACGUACUAUCAGUUUUGCGCGGCUGAAACGGGAAUCCUUCUCUGCACAGAUGUCGCAGCGCGCGGCCUGGAUAUCCCGAAAGUGGAUUGGAUCGUGCAGUAUGACCCGCCAGACGAGCCGAAGGAGUACAUCCACAGGGUCGGGAGAACAGCCCGUGGGGCUUCCGGCAAAGGCAAGGCCCUACUCUUCCUCAUGCCGGAGGAGCUUGGCUUUCUGCACUACUUGCGGCGUGCCGGUGUCCCUGUGGCCGAGUACAGCUUUCCCAGCAGCAAAAUAGCAAACAUCCAGUCGCAAUUGGAGAGAGUGAUCGAGAAGAACUACCACUUGCACAGAAGCUCAAGGGACGCGUACAGGUCCUACAUGCAUGCCUAUGCGGCCCACAGCCACAAGGACUGCUUCGACGUGCACAAGCUAGACCUUGCGCAGGUGGCGAAAGCAUUCGGCUUCGCACACCCUCCCAAAGUGGAGUUAAAUCUGAAGCAUACAGCCAGAAAAAAAGCAACUGGAACGAAAGGAACCUUAAAGAAACAGAUGUCGGCAAAGUCCUCAGGGCAUCAAUUCUCAGCGGACAACCCGUAUGGGAAGCGAGAUGCCAAUGACAAGAGGCAAUUCAGCAGGUAA